CCGCCGCCCGGCUGUCGUCGUUGGUGCGGGCCGCGUGAAUGGAGCUCUGCGCAUGAGGCAGCGCCUGGCACGGCCCGCGCGGCGCCUACCUGUGCCCGGAACCUGAGUGCCGACUGCGGCCGUGCGCCUGCGCGCUCGCUUUCGCGCGCCGGCAAGCGCCCAGCCGUUGGCGCGCUAGCGGGGCGACGGUGCAAAGCGGCCCCGCGCGCCCCGCCGGCCGGUGGUUGCGGGGCCUCCCCGCCUGGCGCGGGGCUGCGGGCAGCCGUGGCGGCCGCCGGGGACCGCAAGGGGCGGCGCAGAGGCGGAACGGGCCGGCCGCGAGCCGCGCAGGAAGCGCCAAGCAUGCCCCGUGACAACAUGGCCUCCCUGAUCCAGCGCAUCGCUCGCCAGGCGUGCCUCACCUUCCGCGGCGGCGCCGGGGGCUCCGAAGCUCCGGCACCGGGCUUCCCCGAGAACCUGAACCAGCUGAAGAGUCUGCUGACCCAGGUGCGCGCCGAGGACCUCAACAUCGCGCCGCGGAAGGCGCUGCCGCAGCCGCUGCCGCGCAACCUCCCGCCGGUCACCUACAUGCACAUCUACGAGACCGACGGCUUCAGCCUGGGCGUCUUCCUGCUCAAGAGCGGCACGUGCAUCCCGCUGCACGACCACCCGGGCAUGCACGGCAUGCUCAAGGUGCUCUACGGCAAGGUACGCAUCAGCUGCAUGGACAAGGUGGACACGGGUGCGGGGCCGCGGGCGCCACCGCCUGAGCAGCAGUUCGAGCCGCCGCUGCAGCCCCGGGAGCGGGAGGCCGUGCGACCAGGAGUGCUGCGCUCCCGAGCCGAGUACACCGAGGCCAGUGGGCCCUGUAUGCUCACGCCACACCGGGACAACCUGCACCAGAUUGAUGCGGUGGACGGGCCAGCCGCCUUCCUGGACAUCCUGGCCCCACCCUACGACCCGGACGACGGCCGGGACUGCCACUAUUACCGUGUACUGGAGCCCAUCAGACCCAAGGAGGCCUCCAGCUCUGCCUGCGACCUUCCCCGAGAAGUGUGGCUUCUGGAGACCCCACAGGCCGAUGACUUCUGGUGCGAGGGAGAACCUUACCCAGGCCCCAAGGUUCUGCCUUGAAGCACCCGCUACCUGGGAACGGUGGGCCAAAGUUGUGCCCUGCCUGGCUCGAGAAAGGCCUGGCUGCCCACGACCUACCAUAAGGGCUCCUCUCUCUGUCCCCUACCCUGAGCGAUGGAUCUACUGGACUGACCAGCGCCUCAUCUUGGACAACCUUGGGGAGUACGGCCCACUGGAGUACAGCCACCGGGCACGGUUAUGGGGGCGGGCAGGCGGGAGGCAAGGUCGCUUGCUGGUACUGUCACUGCCACCAAGGCUUUGAUUUAAGGGAGUGGGGCAGGGGACCCUAAAGCGCUUCCAUCCUAAAGCCAUAAUGAAAAUAUUCUUGUUUCUCAAGCUCUACAAAAUACACUAAACAUUUUGAACCCCUCC